AAAUAGAAGAAAAAAAAACAGCCAUACACACGAAACGGAAUAUUGUUCAAAUAAACGAAUUUACUCAAUAUUGAUAGCGAAUAAAAAUAAGUGUAUUUUGCGCGAAAGAGCAAAAGAAGAAAAAACAGCCGAGAAUUGUGUUCGUGCGUGCCCGUGGAACGAAGUAUAAUUUAAUUUGAAUUCGUUGGAAAAAAAAACCGUACGGUUCGUGUGAGGAAUGCCAAUAGUAAACGACUGACAUUCACCAUUAUAGACUUACAAUUUCUGAAAGAGAGAUAUCCAUCGUGUUCAUAUGGAAUGAACGAGGUAUAACAAAGAAACACGAUAUACUUCCAUUGGCAAAUGAAACUCAAUGAAUCUGAAGUGGCAUUCAAAGGAGAGAAGAGAAAAAACACAACAACACCAAAAUAACUUACACACAAAAAAACACAACACGCAAAUUUUCUAAACCAAUACGACACACCGAAACUCACACGUACUCAUACGACGAAAUGUUGAAAAGUGAAAAAAAAAACAACAACAACAAAUCGUUCCAAAAGACUGAAUAAGCAUUUCAAUUGAAACGACCAAAUAGUAUAGUACAAACAGCACAACGCGGAACCAACAACGAAAAUUAAAUAGAAAAAAAGAAGAAGAAGAAUUUUAUCGAAUCAGGCUUAAUUCAUCGAUGUUAAGUGACAGCACGGCGACGGGACAAAGAUUUACUCGAAUCAAUCAUCACAAAAAUUGUAAGAAUAAUUAAUCAAAUUUUUGAUUGUGUGGUUCGUUUUAUGGUUCGUUUUGCAUUAUUGUAAAACACGCGCGUGUAUCUACGAGUAUGUGUAUGUGUGCAUGGAAAAACCGUAGAACUAAGAUAACAUUUUGAAAUGUAUUUAUCAUUUGAAGAGGUCGAGAGAAGUUUAUUAAAGUGAAUCACUGUGACUGAGAGAAUGCACAAUCGUAAUUAACGCAAGAGUUAUGUAGGCGUCGUGCGUACAUAUUUUAAUUUAUUUCAAGUUUUGUCAAUCAAUUGACCAAUUUUAAUUGAUUGUCCAUGUCCAUACUCUAUUUGCAAUGGGUGUGCGAACUGUGGCAGAGAAUUACAGUAAAAAAAAGUAAAACAUACACGAAGCAAAUGACACACAAUGCAUGAAAAAAAUUCAAUUAUUCUAUCAAUCAAUCGACAUCAUUGCUGCGUAUUUAUUUCUAUCGGCUUUGGACUCGCGGCUGUGUGAAUCAAUUUGGAGCCACCUUUAAAAGCCCAUGCACAUUUCACUCGUUGCCCAUUGUCACUAGCAAAGGGAUUGUCGUGUGUUGGCGUUCGCGUGUUUCAAAUUAUAUCAGAAUUCUCGGUGUGCAAGACGACGGAAAAGUAAUUAUCAUACGAUAAACUCUAUAACGUGUGACAGAUACUUGUGUAUUUCUUUUCAGCUGAAUCCAUUGCUAUUGACACAUAGAAUAAAAAUAGCAUAAUUUGGAGCAACAACAGAGCACAAUAACGAAGAAAAGCUGGCUAUUUUACAGCGAACAAUUUGUAAGUUGCCGUCGGUUAAAGUGAAAUCAAACACAAAAUCCGUGUCAGCAUCAUCGCGACAUUUCAAUUUUUGGCCAUUACGUGUACGACGAUCGGUACCGCGUGGUGCAAAGCAUGCACUUGCCAAAUUCACAACGAUUUUGCGUAAGUCAUUGAUCUCUGUGCGACAUUUGAUCGAACAAGAUUUUAUCACCAUUUUCCGAGGGACUGCGGCAUUUUUUCGCAAAGCCACAAUGACCAGCAAGCAACAAGAUGGCCAACAUUUGGCCAACUCCAAGGAAUCGGCCGAUUUACAGAAACCGUCAAUCGUUAUAGUCGCAUUGAAUUUAUUGCAUCGCUUCCUUUGUCUUUGUGUUCGUUUUGUUGUGGUUCAAGUGCACGGUGAACAUGGACCAUCAAUGGCACCCAUCGAUGAUCUACUCCUACUCGAAUCAGCCACAUCGAUUGCCGAAAAAAUUCGCACCAAAAAAAUCACAUCAACACAAGUGCUAAACACAUUCAUUGCUCGAAUCAAACAAGUAAAUCCAUUGUUAAAUUGUGUGGUUGACGAACGUUACGAUGAUGCGCUACAAGAGGCUGCCCAAGUGGAUGAGCUCAUUGCAUCCGAUAAAUACACUGUCGAUCAACUCAGGGAAACGAAACCAUUCUUAGGCGUUCCAAUAUCCACAAAAGAUUGUAUCGCCGUUAAGGAUAUGUUGCAUACCGGUGGCCUUUGGCUGCGACGUAACACACGCGCUACCGAAGAUGCGGACAGCAUUCGUUUGAUGCGAGAUGCUGGUGCCAUUCCAUUUGCAUUGACAAACGUAUCGGAAGUGUGCAUGUGGUGGGAGAGUUCGAACCCCGUUCAUGGAAGAAGUAGAAAUCCAUAUGAUGCAAAUCGAAUUGUUGGUGGCUCAAGUGGUGGCGAGGGAUGUUUAUUGGGUGCGGCUGGUUCGCCAUUCGGAAUCGGUUCCGAUAUUGGCGGUUCGAUUCGUAUGCCAGCCUUUUUCAAUGGAGUUUUUGGUCACAAGCCGUCACCAUUUAUCGUUUCGUCAUUUGGUCAAUAUCCAAUACCAAAGGGAAAAGAACAAAUGUCAUUUUUGGGCGUUGGACCAAUGAGUCGAUUUGCUUGCGAUCUAAAACCAAUGCUAAAAAUCUUGGCAGCUGACAAUGCAAAAAAGUUGAAUUUAGAUGAACCGGUGAAUUUAUCGAACAUCAAAUAUUUCUACCAAGAAAGUGAUAGUGGGUCAUAUUUUGUGUCACCGGUUGAUUACGAUCUACGUGUUGCCAUGGACAAAGUGAUUCGUCAUUUACAGGUGUCACUUAAGGCGAAACCACAACGCGCUAAAUUGACAAAGCUCAAGGAUUCCGUUGCAAUUUGGCUGGCCAAUAUGAAAGACGAUGAAUCAGUGUCAUUUGAUGCACAAUUGGCAAAUUUAAAUGGUCGUAUCAAUCCAUAUACCGAACUCUUCAAAUGGAUAUUUGGAAUGUCAAAGCAUACAUUCAUUGCAAUUAUGACAGCCAUCACGGAUCGUUUGGGUAUUCAAAAUGGUACACCCGAAUACUAUGAAAAGGUGAAAGAACGUGACGAUUUACGGCGUGAUUUUGAAGAGAUGCUGGGCACCGAUGGUGUAUUCAUCUAUCCAACACAUCCCACCGUUGCACCCUAUCACAAUGAACCCAUUGUGCGUCCAUUCAAUUUUAGCUACACAGCCAUUAUUAACGUACUCGGACUACCGGCAACAGCCGUACCACUCGGUCUUGGCAAAAAAGAAGGUCUACCAAUUGGCUUACAGGUGAUUGCAAAUCGGAAUCAAGAUCGUCUCUGUUUGGCUGUGGCCAGCGAAUUGGAACGUUGUUUUGGCGGAUGGGUUGCACCGAAAAUCACCGCAUAAAACACAACAACAACAUACACAAUCGUUACCGCUUUUCUUUAGUUUUUUAAUUUUUUUUUGUUGUUGUUUUCAAAUGGAAAUUAUUACAAUUAAGAAAGAGAGUUUAUAUACACACAUUUAUAUAGUAUUUUUUGCAUUCGUCUCCUUAUCCCGUUUAUUGUUGAGUGUUAAGUGAAAUCUAUUUUCAUAUACAAAACAAAACACAAAUCUUUUGAAUAUUUAAGGAAAAAAGAGAACAAAGUUUUAAUAACAAAUUGAAAGAAGAAAAAAACGAAGAAAAAAAUGAUGUAAUAAAUGUGGCUGUUUGAUAUGGUUUCGAUAUAAUAUCAAUAUAUUUUUUUUACAAUGUAAAUCUUAUACAUAUGAUAAUCGGAUGGAGAAAAAAAAAUCACCCUCAACAUUUUUUUUUUCUCUGUUUUAUAAAAUUGUAAAUUAGCUGGUAAGUGACAUCAUCAAGAAGAAUGUUAUCGAAAUGAACGUCUCGAGUGAGAGGGGAGAGAGAGAGAGAGAGAGAGAGAGAAAGAGAAAGGAAGAUGUUUCUUCGUUCAAUCUUAGUGAGAUCACACAAAUGAAAAAUCAAUUGAUUACUUCUAAUUGUGUAUUUAAGAGAUACGAACAAAAAAGGUCAAACACAUUUAUUUACGACUCAUUUCAUACUUGCUAUACAUAUACGUUAUUGAAUAAUUAUUGUUUUUUAUGUUUCUGUGUGAGAAAAGAACCAAAUCUGAGAGUGCAGCUCAUUACAGAUCGCAUAGGAAUUUCCAUUCAAUUUUAUAUGUGAUUCGGUUCAAUUAAUGUAUUAUAAAAUAUUUUCAACUAUAUAAAUAAGUGCAUUUAUAUUCUA